AGGCACUGCAGGCCCAAUCUCUGCCGCAGCCGCCCCUCCAAAAAGGGUUCAGGGCGUAGCGCAUAUAGCGCAAGCGCACGCAUCGCUGUGCCACAGUUUUGCAGCCUAGCCCGUCUUUUAGCCACGGCCAUGGAUGCAGGGCAAGGACCGGACUCAGACGACUACUUCAAAGCGACCGGUCGGAACGCAAGCUGUGACGUGGAGACUCGCGUCCAGAAGCUGAACUUUCUCUCAACGAGCCGCUCUCCAAGUGCUCAGAAAGACCAGCAAGACGGACGCGAGCCCCAAGCUGCGAAGGCCAAGAAGGACAAGAAGAGCAAGCCGGAGCAAGACGAGGAGGCCCACGUCUUGGGCGCUUGGCUUCAGGACGAGCACGUCCUGGAACUCUUGAAGAUUCACGCAGGUGGCAAGAAGAAGAAGGACAACACCGGCAGCAUCUACACCACGAGCCAGUCUGAG